CUUAUAGUGCUUGAGUAGACAGGGAUUUGAACUGUCUACGCUUCCUAGCAGGAUUCCCUGUGGCGAGCAUAGCCUGUGGGUCUAGGCAGGACGACCCGCUGGGUCAAAGCAAGUGCGCUGGACGAAUGCGUCUUGAUGCAUCACCUGUAUAACUUUGAGUGCGCUGUAAGUUAGUUCCUACCUAUGCAACUUGCUUCCUGCGGGAAGUGGAGUCAGAAGGUCCCGCAAGCAGAAGACGGCAACGCCCGGCCGCUUCCCUUCCCCGCGUCCUCGAGCAUGCAACGCGAGGAGACGACGGUAUUGCUUGGACCACUGCGGAUUCGCCUGCUGCAGCGCCCCCAAGAGGUGCCGCCCGAGCCCGCUUCAACCGCCGAAUCAGCAUGCAACAACAACAACCACCUCCAACAGUCGCCACAACCUGAACAUUCACCACAACCGCAGCCCUCACCACCAACACAACCGCUCCCUUCCGAGGCGGAUUGCCUGCUCGGCUGGGAGCUCUGGCCCGCAGCCUACCGCCUUGCCGCUUUCCUGGCAUGUGGUUACGGAGCCGAAACCGUACGAAACGCCACCGCAAUCGUCGAGCUGGGAGCGGGUCUGGGCCUGCCUGGAAUCGUAGCAGCUAAGGUCGGCGCCAGCCGCGUCACCCUCACAGACCUACCGCAGGCGCUGCCACUUCUUGAGGCUAACGUACAGCUGAAUGACGUCAGCAGCGCUUGUCAUACUGCCGUACUGGACUGGGCUGCGGUUGCAGCGGUUGCUGGGGGCGCGAAGCAGGACCCAACGGCUUCCGGAACGGUAGCGGCGACCCUAGCGGCGGAGGGAUCGGAAGCCCUUACCACAGCAUCAGAAGGGUACGUCAUCAGGCAGGAGAAAGCGAAUACGCACGGUAAUAAGCUCGCAGUAAACGAGCAGCAACAACCGUCAGCUUGUGAGCAUCUCGGCAGGUACGAUGUCGUACUGGCAGCUGACGUGGUGUACGUCAGUUCGUUGGCACCGUUGCUGGCUGACACGAUAGCCGCUGUGGCGGCAAGUCAGGGCCCGUGCACGGUGCUCGUAGGGCACACGGUGCGCAAAUCGGUGUGGCUGGAUCGUACGACAGGCGCCGUGUGCGUGGAUCCCACCGACGAGCCCUGGGAGGCCUUCCAGGGUCGCAUGACGGGGGCCCAUGGCUUCACGUGUCGCCGUGCGGAAACAGACCAGGAGGGCCUGGCCGCAGCAGCAGCAGCAGCAGCAGAAGAGGAGGAGGGCAGCGGUGCGGGCUUUGAGCUGGCGCCGGACACGUUUGUGUGCGUGUUUGAGCGGUGUUUAUGAGGUGUUUGAGCGGUAUUUAUGAGGUGUUUGUGCGCGUGUUUGAGCGGUGUUUGAGCGGUGUUUGUGUGCGUGUUCGAGCGGUGUUGUUGAGAGGAAGCACUGCUGUGGGGUGUGGGAUGUUUGCGAAGGACAGGGCUGGGCGAGCGGGCUGUGAGUCAGGUCGCCUGGAUUGGAGGUAUGAUUGGAGGUUGGGUGGAGCUGGAGGGUGAAGGCUAUGCGGGUAUGCGUGCGAAAGUGUGCAAGUGCAGAGCACUGGGUGCUAGAGAAGAUUGCAACCCUUAUAGAGGAGUGGGCAAGGUUCUACCAAAGGUGGCAGACACGAUACAGGCUGUGCCGGUAGUGGCACGAUGAUCCCCUUAGGCCAUGGGAAGGCUGUUAUCCUUGCCGUGCAGGGGCAGGCCCCUGCGGUCACAUCGCAAAAACCGCAC